CAUUAAAGUGUGUGUGGUGUCGGUCUACGGAAGGACACCCCUGGUCGUAGCGGAUGAUCAAGGGUUUGAAUCUUCAUGACACUAUAACUAAAUAUGUUGGCUGAGCUUCCCUUCCUGCUGAUUCAAUUAAUGUACACACUAGUUUCUGCUGAUCAAGAAUUUCACUUCAAUGGCUUCCAAUCUAACAACAUCAGCCUCGGCGGUGUCGCCAUCAUCACUCCCAACGGUCUCUUAAAGCUUACCAAUUCUACUUUCGUAGCAGGCCAAGCCUUUUACUCCAACUCAAUUACCUUCAAGAACAAAGACUCUUUGAAAAAUGGUACUAAUUCUUCUUUGGUCUAUUCUUUCUCCACUACUUUCGUAUUCGCCAUAGUUCCCAAGUAUUCCCAAGUGAGUGCUCAUGGAAUGAGUUUCGUUAUUGCACCAACCAAAGACCUCUCGGCUGCAGCUCCGAGUGAGUAUCUUGGUAUCUUUAAUCCCACCAGCAAUGGAAAUGCAAGCAGCCAUGUUUUUGCAGUGGAGUUGGAUACCUUUCGGAACCUGCAAUUCCAAGAUAUCAAUGAUAACCAUGUUGGCAUAGAUAUUAAUAGCUUGAAUUCAAGUGUUUCUAGGCCAGCUGGUUAUUUUGAUGAUGUCAAUGAGGAGUUUCAGAAUUUGACCCUCCCUGGUGGACAAAUUAUGCAACUUUGGGUGGAAUAUAGUGACUUGGAGAAGCAAAUUAAUGUCACUUUAGCUCCUAUAAAGAUUGGCUUUUCCUCCACGACGGGUACCUUAGCUUUUGCAGCUCAUUAUGUUCUUGGAUGGAGCUUCAUGGUGAAUGGCAUGGCUAGAGAGCUUGAACUUUCAAAACUCCCCAAGCUUCCUCGAAUCGGGCCCAAAAAGAAACAUAUAUUUUUGACAAUUGAGUUGCCAUUAAUACUGGUUAUCAUUUUGUUACUAACAAUUUCAGGCAUAGUUUACUACAGAUGGAGGAAAAAGAAAUUUGCAGAAGUUCUUGAAGAUUGGGAAAUUGAAUAUGGGCCACAUAGAUUCAAGUACAAGGAUCUUUAUGUUGCCACUGAAGGAUUUGACGAUAAGGAGCUCCUGGGGAUAGGAGGUUUUGGCAGGGUAUACAGGGGUGUCUUACCAGUCUCCAAAAUAGAAGUUGCAGUGAAAAGAGAUUCUCAUGAAUCAAGACAGGGGAUGAGAGAAUUUAUUGCAGAAAUUGUAAGUAUUGGCAGACUUAGACAUAGGAAUAUUGUUCAACUCUUGGGAUAUUGUCGUCGUAAAGGAGAGUUACUCUUAGUAUACGACUAUAUGCCAAAUGGUAGUUUGGACAGGUUCCUUCACAACAGCCCGGACAUUAUGCUCAACUGGAAGCAAAGACUUCGAGUCAUCAAAGGGGUGGCAGCAGGGCUGAAGUAUCUACAUCAAGAUUGGGACCAGGUGGUGAUUCAUAGAGACGUUAAGGCGAGUAAUGUAUUAUUAGAUAUUGAUAUGAAUGCAAGAUUAGGGGACUUUGGGCUAUCAAGAUUGUAUGAUCAUGGAACGGACACUCAAACCACUCAUGUUGUUGGAACGAUUGGAUAUUUAGCCCCUGAACAUGCUCGAACUGGCAAGGCCACAACUAGCACCGAUGUCUACUCUUUCGGGGCCUUUCUACUUGAGGUUGUUUGUGGUCGAAGGCCCAUAGAUGUACGAAAAGAAGUACUUUUGGUGGAUCAGGUUUGUUCUUUAUGGAACAAAGGUGAAAUCAUUCAAGCAGUUGAUCACAAACUGGGAGUAGAUUAUGUCGUAGAGGAAGUGGAGUUGGUGCUGAAGCUUGGCUUGUUGUGCUCUUGUGUCGAUCCAAAUGUCAGGCCUAGUAUGCAACAAGUUGUGCAGUACUUGGGUGGUUAUGAACAAUUGCCAGAAUUAUCUGAUCUUAGCAUUUCUCAGACUGGAUUUACAUUUGAAAAUGACACAGUUGAUGUUUUGACCACAUCGACUCAAUCAUACUCUGUGGUCGAAUCCUUUCUAUCCAGCGGUAGAUAAAUCACAACUUGUAAUAUUUAGAGUUCAUUGUGUGUACUUAGUUAUAAACAGUAAGCGCGUAUAAUCUUUUUGCCUUUUAAACGUCGAUGUUUAAUUCUAAAUAUCAUGAAUAAGACGAGGUAUUUAACUUUUUAUC